AGCUAAAUAUUGCAGGACGCUUUGGCGUUCUUAGAAAAUUGUAUACCAGUCAAUGACAUUGAGCUGUAUAUACGGAAAAUUAUUCGAAUUUUUCACUUGACAGCUGCUUUAAAGAUAUCUCCACUGAUUUAUUUUAAAUCAACUUUAGUUUUUGUAUAUUAAUAAAGUUUUCACGUUAAUGGCCAAUAUGUUGAUUCGGACUAAGUGUAAAUAUAAUACAGCUGUUUUAAUACGAGUGUUGUUUUUGGGAAUACCCUUCGCGCAUUAUUUAGUGUUCGGCGCGAUCGUAGGUGAACAGAAAACUGCAGGGCGCGAGUUCUCUUCUCGACAUCUGUUAUCAAUUGAUGUGCAUGGAAAGAACUGUACUUCACCAGCCAUUCUUGAGUUUCCUUCGGAUGGUCUUAACAGGAAUCAAAGACAACAGGGCUUCAUCUUAUUGCAUUGUGCCUUUGCUAUCUACUGCUUUCUUCUUCUCGGCGCUGUCUGCGAGCACUACUUCGUCCCCGCUAUCGAGAUGAUAUGUGAACGUCUACACAUGAAAUCUGACAUAGCUGGUGCAACAUUCAUGGCCGCAGCGAGUUCUAGUCCAGAGCUAUUUAUAAAUUGUGUUGGCACUUUCGUGACUGAAGGAGACUUAGGAGUGGGUGCGGUCGUUGGCUCAGCAGUUUUUAAUGUACUCGCUGUACCAGCAUGCUGUGCCCUCGUUGCCGGCAGGGUUAUAGAGCUGGACUGGUGGUCUAUCUCUCGCGACUGUCUGAUGUAUGCAGUAGCCGUGCUGGCUCUCAUCCUAACUUUAUUGGACGAUAUGGUUUAUUGGCAUGAAGCACUUCUACUCGUUCUCAUGUACACACUUUAUAUACUGGCGAUGGUAUUUAACGACAAACUUGGAAAUUUUGUUAGAAGUGGAUGCUGCUACACUCGAAAGCCAAAACUGUUCACUGAGGUGACUCCUCUUUUGUUUAAAGAUAAGAACUUGUUGGAUAACGCAAAUCGUGUCACCGUGAAAAACCAAAAAAUAAACGAUGUGGAACAGGGGACAAAGUUUAUAAAAACAUACAACAACUCCACGGACACAGAAUCAAGCAACAGUUAUCUUUGGUCCUGGCCGGAUGGUAUGUCUUCCACAAAGAAAUUAUUCUGGGUCGUGACUUGGCCUCUUUGUCUGCUCCUUUGGAUCACUAUACCUGACUGUAGACAACACCCACGUCUUUACCCCCUCACUUUCAUGAUGUGUGUAACUUGGAUUGGUGGGGUUUCCUAUAUAGUAGCUUGGAUAAUCACUAUCAUUGGUGAUACUCUUAAUGUUCCUGAUAGCAUUACCGGGUUGACAAUUCUUGCUGCAGGGACCAGCCUCCCUGAAGCCGUCUCCAGCGUUCUUGUGACUAACCACGGACACGGCUCUAUGGGAAUAAGUAACUCUAUUGGAUCAAAUACUUUCGAUAUUCUCCUCUGUCUGGGUCUCCCUUGGCUUAUAAAGUCCCUCUUCUAUCCAGGCGUUCCUGGUAACCACUGGGUUCAGAUAAAUUCAAGUGGAUUGUCGUAUAGCGCCAUCUCUCUGUUGUCCACACUGUUUGCACUGUACGGAGCUCUCGCUUUAAACAAAUUUCAACUAGAUUGGAAAGUUGGCAUUACCUGCGCAUGUGUCUAUCUUGGUUUCUUAGUAUUGGCUGCACUGAUUGAGUUGAACGUACUCUUUGAUGUCAAUCUGCCAAUAUGUCCACACUUUUAAUAGCAUUUUUUUAAAGCUAGCUUAAGUUUUUAUAUAUAUUAAUAUUUACAGAGGACAUCGUAAGACUUUUUUAGGUAAAAUAUGUAAUACAUCAUCGCAUAUCGUAUGUUAUUUCUAUGUUCCUAAAUAUUUCUAAAAUGGAGUUUUAAGUGAACGUUCGCCAAACAGGGCCAUUUGACAGGUUCAUUUACUUUGUAGGAUGUAGGAUAGUACUUUUCAUGUAGGAUAACGAUUUGAUAGAAUUUCAGAAUUUUAACAAACUUCACCACCAAGUGCACCCCAUCGACUACAAUUGAAUUAAACUAUAUCAAUCAAUUUGAUACAUGUCUUUCCACAUUCUUUCCAAUUUAUAUACAUAUAUAAAUGUAAAAUAAAAGUAAAGUAAAUAAAUACAGAUAUAGUUGACCUGUGACUCCCAUCCCUGAGGCCGGGCGUUUAAGUCCAAUACACGAAUGGAUUUUUGCUUCUAUCUGUACAGUUAUGAUUUUCUGGGAAUGUGAAGGCAUCGGCCGAUAGAUAGGCCGAUACUGACAUAUCUAAUACACACAAAUCGACGAUAUGUGUUAGGCACAUAAGGUAUCCUUGUUCUUAAAUAAUGUUAGGUGAUUAAAAGGUUUUUGUUACAUGUGAUAAAGAAUGUUAUGUAUUCUGUCCUAUCUUGAAUGAAUUCUUACUUUCGCCUUUCAAUUUCAUAUUUUGCGUGACUGAUGCGUAUUGUUCGCUGUAUUGUUGUCUAUUAACAAUUACGAUGACUUAAGAUUAAUUAAAUUAAUAAGCAAAUAA